UCAUGCCAACCCUUAAUGUCUUGGGCACACUCAUCCAAGCUGCUCAUCAUUCCCCUCAGCAAUAAUUUGCUCUGGAUUCUACUACACUGACUUGGGAACCUAAAUUUGUAAGGAUAUGCAUGAAUGAUUUGUUCCAAAGAGCUAGCAUAGAUCAUGGCAGCGGUAGAGAAGGAGCUCCACAAGGAUGAGGGAAUGUGUGAGCAGAAGGAUUUAUCAUCUGAUGACUAUGCCAAGCUUGCUUGCCAUGGCAUUGAUCUUAUGCUCAAUAAUGAUUUUGCUGGCGCUGAGGAGCUGUUUCGCCAUCAUAAGGAUGAUAGCUGCCACAUGGCUGUGGGCUAUUGUUACCUUACUUUCAUGAAUGCUGUAAUGUCAUUUGAAGAGGAGCAAAUACAGCGCUGCCGAGAGUGCCUUAGAGAAACAGAGAAGAAAUACCGUCACUUGAACUCAAACUCUGCGACUACCUGUUCUCCUCUAUCCCCCGGCUAUACUGAUGUGUCGUGGUACAGCUCUGUUAAGAACCUUUUUGCAGGGGCUUAUGCCAAGCAGGCUGAAGAUCCUGUUUGGUUGCUGGAACACCAUGUAGUCUUGGCCGACUGCCAGGUGCUUCAAGCCUUGCUGAACUUCCUGCAGCAAGAGCUCGGCUCAAUGAUGAAGGGUGGCUGGGUCUUGCGUAGAGCCUGGAAAGUUUAUGAUGCAACCUACAGCCGUCUUGUUUCCAUGUACAAUGCAGCCGUGUCAGCAGCUCCUAUGUCAGGUCAUGCCAGUGCUUCGGACUCCAAGCCUGACCCCUUCUCACUUCCUGCUAGCCCUUUACCCACUGACAUCAACAUAUCUUGUUCUCUCUCCCCUGAUGCUCUUCAAAUAGUGAAAUCUGAUUGCUCUGACCCCGCAGCACCUGUCCAAAAUAAUGCACAAUUAAAAUUUAACACUUCUUCAUCUGAGGUUCACAGUGAUACUCAAUCAAGUAAUCAAAAUGAGUCAAAGAUUGAUAAUGGAAACAACCAGAAAUAUGCUAGACCCACAACUUUGAGUUAUUUCUCUUCAGCCCUUCUACCAUCAUCCCUCAAGUGUUCUCUUAAUAAGGCACUUGCCUCCCCCACUGUCUCUUCUAAUGGACAGCUCACCUCCCCCAACUCUGCUAAUAAGUUGCCUGUCCCCCACAACUCUUCCUCAUAUGUGUUUCCCACUUCUCCCACUUCUGCAGAGGCUUGCACACAUUCCCCCCCUGAUGGGAAAUAUGAUUUUACAUCCUCUCCUGUUUCUUCACUGAAACCCUCUGAUGCACCUGAGAGAUCCAAGUUGUGGUCCAAUAAAAUGAGUGUGUCAAAGUCUGUCCCAAACAUUAGAACUCUCUUUUCUAACAAAAAUUGCACAAAUAACUUAACAAAAUCCAGGAAUAUCCUAAAUAACACAUCAUCCUGCAGAGCUGGUGGUGAAGCUCUUCCUCCUCCUGCACCACCAUCUCCACUAAGCGUGCUGGGAGGGCUGCCCGGAGACCGGACCACCGCCCUGCAGGCGCUCAUGCGCACGCGCGCCUCCCGCGACAUGCGCGCGCCCCUCGCCUCACUGAGCCUGCUGUGGUACCACACAAUCGUACGCCCCUACCUCGGCCUGGACGGCCUGGACGGCCGGCAGCGGCGUGUUGCCGGCGGUGGCGCUGCCGUAGAGGCGGCACGGCUGCUGCUGCAGGAGGUGCGGCCGCUGUACCCGCGCUCUGCGCUCUUCCUCUUCUUCAGCGCCAGGGUCCAUAGACUCAAGGGCGAGCUGGAGACUGCCAUAGAACAGUACAGCGUCGCCAUGAGGCUAGCCAGUCACCGGGAGCUGCGGCUGCUGAGCCUGCACGAGGUAGGCUGGUGCCGCCUAGCCUGCCUCGACUUCCUGCAGGCCGCUGCUGCCUUUGAUGGCCUGCGCCGACACUCACGCUGGUGCAAGACCUUCUAUGCUUAUGUUGCUGCUGUUUGUUACGGCGCGUGCGGCAGGAGGGAGGAGAGCGUCGCCCUGCUGCAGGCCGUCCCUCAGCUCGCCCGUAACACCAACGCCGUCCUGGAGACCUUCCUGCUGCGCCGUGCUGCCAAGCGGAGCGCCCUACAGCCGGCCGUGUGCCGUCUGCGCUGCUACGAGCUCCUCUACCUCUGGAACGUCUUCAGCAGCUGCUCCCUCGAGCGUCUCCAGCGUCUACAUGAUGACUGUGAGACCAUGCGGCUGCCGCCAGACCUUGCUGCCCUGGCCAAGCUGCUGGCUGGGGUCUGCUUGGAUCACCUAGACCAGCCUGAGCAGGCCGUUCUCCUCUUGCAGGAGACCGUCACUAUUUGGUCUACUUUGAAGCCUGCUCAUGUCGCCUCACGUGAGGGCGGAGGACAGGACAGCGCCCUUACAGAAGCCGACCUCAGGAGCGAGUGGGACGAAAGCAACGUCCCUGCGUUCGCUUCUUAUGAGAUCGGCGUCAUCUUGUCUCGAUAUCCUGACAGACGCGAGGACAGCAAGCAGUGGCUGCAGGCGGCCAGUGAUAAGUACUCCGGCUACGACUUCGAGAGCAGACUCUCCGUCAAGAUUCAUCAGGCUCUGCGAUUAUUGGAUUAAGAAAUAUGAAUUGGUGGAAUGAAUG